CAUAGAGGAUCUCUGAGGUGCUCGGCAGGGCUGGUAUUCGCUCCUCCAUCAUCAAACAGGCGAGCCGAGCGCAGGGACUACGACGAUCCAAAAAGACAGAAAAUACGCUGGGAAAUAAGACAUUUUGGAUGAAUUUACUGAUGGAAACCUGGAGGAGAAAUAUUCCUCUGAAAUAGAGCGAAAAGGAGCGCCACGCCCGCGGGGGAAAUCAAAGGUGAAACAAAAGCUUCCUGGUUGUGAUGUCGGUCUGAUCCCACAACCUUCCUCUGCUUCCAAACUGUGUUUCCCAUGGAGCCGUGCACCGACACACACUCUGUUCUGCCAUGGAGCCACCAGCUAGGGUUUUGGACCCAGGGAGCCAGUGAGCAGGAGGAAGACCUGAUAUAGUGAUUUCACAACCUCAUCGCCCCCCUUCCUCCUCCUCCUUCUCCUCCUUCUCCUCCUCCUCCCCUCUGCUGAGGAUCCAGGACUUUCUCCAGGAGUUUUCCUCCCAUUCCAGCUCACUGACUGGCCGACCAGCAGCUCCCUGAACGUCACCCAGGUGAAGGUCCAGGUGAAGGUCCAGGUCCAGGUGCAGGUCCGGGACGUCCUGCUGCAGGAUGGCAGGCGUGUCGUUUGUUGUGGCUGUGAUGGCAGCUGGUCUGCUGCUCGUGCUCAGUGCUGACGCUGCAGGUCAGAACCCGGACCACGUGCUGCAGGGGACGGGGGUGAAAGCCGAGGCCCGGCGGCCCGGAGAGGACUCCACCAUCGCCCCCGAGGACGCCGCUCGCUUCCUCAGCUGCUACUGCUCCGGACACUGUCCCGAGGACGCCGAGAACAACACCUGCCAGACAAACGGCCAGUGUUUUGCCAUCAUAGAGGAGGACGAGCACGGAGAGGCCAUCCUCACCUCAGGCUGCAUGAAGUAUGAGGGCUCCCAUUUCCAGUGCAAGGACUCUCCGAGGGCUCAGACCAGGAGGACGAUAGAGUGCUGCAACACCGACUUCUGUAACAGAGACCUGCAGCCCACCCUGCCCCCACCCAGCCCCUCAGGUGCGUUCGACAGCGCUCACUGGCUGGCCUUCCUCAUCUCCAUGACGGUCUGCUGCUGCACGCUCAUCUGCGUCACCGUGGUCUGUUACUACAGGUACAAGUGGCAGAGCGAGCGGCAGCGUUACCACCGGGAUCUGGAGCAGGAAGUCUUCAUCCCCGCUGGAGAGUCGCUCAAAGACCUCAUCCAUCAGUCACAGAGCUCUGGCAGCGGCUCGGGGCUCCCCCUGCUGGUCCAGCGGACGAUCGCCAAGCAGAUCCAGAUGGUGCGUCAGAUCGGGAAGGGUCGCUACGGCGAGGUGUGGCUCGGCCGCUGGAGGGGAGAGAAGGUGGCCGUCAAAGUUUUCUUCACCAGGGAGGAAGCCAGCUGGUUCAGGGAGACGGAGAUCUACCAGACCGUCCUGAUGCGGCACGAGAACAUCCUGGGCUUCAUCGCGGCGGACAUUAAGGGCACGGGCGCCUUCACGCAGCUCUUCCUGAUCACAGACUACCACGAGAACGGCUCUCUGUACGACUACCUGAAGCUGACCACGCUGGACACGCAGGCGCUGCUGCGGCUGGCCUUCUCUGCCGCCUGCGGCCUCUGCCACCUGCACACCGAGAUCUACGGCACGCAGGGCAAGCCCGCCAUCGCUCACCGCGACCUCAAGAGCAAGAACAUCCUCAUGAAGAAGAACGGCACCUGCUGCAUCGCAGACCUCGGCCUCGCCGUCAAGUUCAACAGCGACACUAACGAGGUGGACGUGCCCCUGAGCACGCGGGUGGGCACGCGGCGCUACAUGGCCCCCGAGGUCCUGGACGAGAGCCUCAACAAGAACCACUUCCAGGCCUACAUCAUGGCCGACAUGUACAGCUACGGCCUCAUCAUCUGGGAGAUGGCCCGCCGCUGUGUGACCGGAGGCAUCGUGGAGGACUACCAGCUGCCGUACUACGAGAUGGUUCCCUCCGACCCGUCGUAUGAAGACAUGCUGGAGGUGGUGUGUGUCAAAGGCCUGAGACCCACCGUGUCCAACCGCUGGAACAGCGACGAGUGCCUCCGGGCCAUGCUGAAGCUGAUGUCAGAGUGCUGGGCUCAUAACCCCGCCUCCCGCCUCACCAUCCUGCGAGUGAAGAAGACGCUCGCCAAGAUGGUGGAGUCCCAGGACAUCAAGAUCUGAUCCGCCUCCUCCCCUUCAUCCUCAUCCUGCUCCUCAUCCUCAUCCUCAUCCUCAUCCUGCCUCCCAGCGUCAACACCAUCAGCUCCACAGCGGCCUCUUCAUCAGGAGGAGGAGGAGGAGGAGGAGGAGGAUGUUUGGGAGAUGGAAAGUGAAAAGGGACCCUGUCAGGGCCAAAACUGUUGCUCCUCCCCUCGUCUCCUCCUCCUCGUCUGACUCUGCGUCUCACCUGGACGGACGGCGUCGUGGUGUCUCCUCCUCCUCCUCCUCCUCCUCCUCCUCCUCCUCCUCCUCCUGCUCUCCCUCCGUCUGUCCUGGAUCUGGAUCACAGGAAGCGAAACAGUCGAGUUUGACGCUUUCUGUGAAAGCCGAACGAGACGAUGACGAUGAUUUCUGUGACUUCCUGUCGGGGGGAAGUGAGGGGGGGGGCUUCAUGUGUCGGGCGCCAACCAACAGACAGAACCUUUUUUUUUUUUUUUUUUGUUUCGUAAAUAAAGGAAAGCCUGCGAGGCGCCGCUCGCCUCCCCUCGCCCUCCUGCAGCUCCGCCUGUUUCAAAUCAAAAUGCCAAUUGUUGUUUUUCUCUUCAGGACUGUGUUCUCCUGCCAUAUUGAAUAUGUAUCUCCACUCUUAAAGUAGAGUUAAUUAUGAAAUAAGGUACUAUAAUUAUAUGUGAAUUUUAAUGUGUAAAUAAAUGUUAUCAGUGGAUGCCGUGCCGACUCAUGAGAAGACGAAGAAAAAGAAAAAACAAACAACAGAACAGUUUUGCUGCA